AGGUGGCUCCCUACCUCCGAGGGGGCGUAGCAGGGCAGCAGGUGGUGCUGGAGGGAAACAGGCUGGUGCUGACCUGCCUGGCUGGAGGCAGCUGGCCUCUGCAGUACCGCUGGACUCUCAACAACAGCAACAUCACCGACUGGACACAACAGUACAGGUGGCUUGUGGAGUCACUUUGCAGACCCGACGCUGGUCUGUAUCAGUGCACAGUGAGGAACAGGAUGGGAGCGGUGAUCCACAGGAGAACAGAGGUGCAGGUGGCCUAUUUAGGCAGCUUCUCCACGGAGGAGCAGAGAAAGACUGUGACUCAGGGCCGGGCCGCCGUCAUCAGCACGCCGCCCCUCGCCUCCUUCCCCCGGCCCCUCGUCACAUGGUUCAAAGACGGACAGAAGAUUAUCCCGAACAACCGAAUGUAG